ACAUCCCAUCAUUCAUUUUUUCAAUAAAAACUGAUUUUUUUUCGCCUUCUUCAAUCUAUAUACAUCGUUGAAUUGUGUGUUUAUCGCUCUACUCGGUUUCUCUCUCUCUUCUCUCUCAUAUUUUGCUCGGUAUAUGCUGCUGGCGGUACACAUUUUUGGUGCAAGAAAGAAGAUCUGAUCACGACGAGGUGAUUGCGAAGGAGAUCGCAAUUUUAAAGGUCGCUAUUUUCUGAAAGUUUAUUUAAAAAUUUGAUCUUGACUCAUUAUGGUGUAGUUUUGUGGCUUUUCUUGAGGAACUGAAAGAUGGAGGCUUGAGUUUGUUGAUGGGAUUUGUCUGCUUGAUUAGCUUAUCAUAGGGAUGCAACAUGCUCUCAGCGUGUGUCUUUUGGUGUGGUGGUUUGGCUUUGAUAUCUCUCUUGCUGCUGAUUAUGUGAUGGUUAGGGAUUGUAGAAAGUGAAAUGCAGUUUGCAAUAGAAUUUGUGCUGUGUUUACACUCUUUGAUCAUCAUGAAUCUAAGAUCUUGUUCUAGCUAUUUAUCUCUGUGAAGAUGUGUCUGCAUUUAUAGAUGUGAAAUGUUUUGUGAAUGGAUUUAACAUAUUGUGCUUAAUAUGUUGGCUAGCUAUUUAUCUCUGUGAUAUGUGUCUUCGUAUUUGGAUGUGAGAUAUUUUGUGAAUGUAAGACCAUGACCUUAGAUCUUCAGUGGAUGAAGUUUUGGGAUGAUUUUGCUUUGCUUGCCGGUAUGAGAUCAUUCCUUGCUUCUUGAUAUUCUAUCUUAUACAGAAAACAGAUGUUAGAGAACAAGCAUCUUCAUGGAUUAUCUAUUUUUGCCCCUUGUUUCUUUCAAGUUGUGUGUAAGGUUGAAGAGGAGCUAGUUUCUCUCAAUUUUGUUCAUCUAUAGAGUGUGGGCAGCACUAUUGUAACCCCUUUCUUAAAGGAAUGAGGUUUUAUACAAGACUAGAUCAUGCGAUUACUUUGAAUGAUAGGAUAAAUUGAUAAAAACAUAUGAUUGAGUAUUUGUGGGAUAAGAUGGUUAAACAAGUUCAAAAUCAAGCAAUCCAUCAAUGUAAAUGGUAUAUCAGCUUGGAUUAUUUUAUCCAUCCAUCUAUCAUUCAAAGUAAACGGCCCCUUAAUGUUGUUGUAUUACUUGAAUGGCGUGUUAGUUGGAAAUGAUGGUAUAACUUUGGACAAUUAGAGGGCUUGUGGUUUUAGCUCAAUUUCAACCUCUAUUUCAAUGAUACUAGGGAAGAACCGUCUAAGAUGUCUCCGUAGAUCCUGAUCCAAGUGUUAGUGUGGCGUGGAGUUUCUCAGCAUAUAGGACUUUCUCUUGUUUGUUACUAUUCUUGUAGAGAGUUACUUCUGUUCUGGAAUAUCAAGCUGCAGCUCUUUGGCACCACCCUUUGAUUUUAUGUUGUUUCACAGACAAAUUCUUUUUAGUAGGUAGCGAAUUCUGUUAGGACGUGAGCUAUUCCCUAUUCUGUAUGUGAAUCAAGUUUAAUUUCCAUUGGGUUUCUUUUUUGCUUCAGUCUGUUGUCUUUCAAUUUCGAGCCAUAUGCCUGAGGGACAGGGAAGUGAUAGUUAUGCUCUACAUUUUUACCUUGGAAAAGUACACGCAUCACUGAACUCCAUCCAUAAAGUGCAUAAGGUUGCUUAUUCAUUUAUCGAAUGUUUACCUCCUUGGAGUGCGUCAUCCAUUUGAGUGGGUCAGUUGGAUAUAUACUGACUUAACGGGCUAGCCUUACAUUUUAUUCUAUUUAAAAGUGGAGUAGUCGAUGAAAAUACCAACACGUUUGGGAGAGUUAGUGAAUUUCUGUUAAUUAUGCUGUGAGGAAAAGAUCACGAACCCUGAAAGGAGGUGGGUCUGUCCUCUCGAGGACUAGGAUAUAACACACUCAUCCCUGCAAUCAAUCUCUCAGACUUCAACCUUUUCUUCUUUUGACUUUAAAAGGGGCAUGAUUCAUUUUUCUACUGCUUUGACAAUAGGUUUUGAGCGAUCGAUUUUCCAGAAAUGGACAAUAUCCCCAGCUUGAAGAUUUGAAGUUCCGGAAUGCUGCAUGAUAUUUGUGUUGUUGGGGUUUCUUGUAAACCAAACUUGUUUUCAGGAAUUUCUCCUCCGUGUGCGAGGUUUCGUGAUUGGAGCUGUUCAACCUUAGUUGGAUUUUAUUGUUGCUGAUUCUGUUGCUAUGGAGCAAACGUGCAACAGAAGCUGCACGAUCUUGAGGUGCUUUGCUCAUUUAUCAGCUGCUAGUUAGUUGUUAUUCCUCCAUCCAUACAAUUCAAUGGCGUCUGCGGCUGUUGAAUAUUCUGGCACAACAUGUGUCGAGCGUUGUGAUUUGGAACUGCAGCGUUCGCAUGAAGAACACAUUGCAGAGAAUGAGCUGACGACCCUGGGAAAGAUCGCUGGUACUGAAAGAUUAGAUGAAGGGCACAUGCAAUACGGAUGUUCCCACUAUCGUCGGAGGUGUCGCAUUAGAGCUCCGUGUUGUAAUGAGAUCUUCAGUUGCCGUCACUGUCAUAAUGAGGCAAAGAAUAGUAUUAGCAUCGAGCAGAAGCUCAGACAUGAUAUCCCUCGCCACUCGGUUGAGAAGGUCAUAUGUUCACUUUGUGAUACUGAACAGGAGGCUCGACAAGUUUGCGAAAAUUGUGGUGUAUGCAUGGGAAGAUACUUCUGUGGCAUUUGCAAGCUGUUUGAUGAUGAUACAUCUAAAGAGCAGUACCAUUGUAAUGGUUGUGGCAUUUGCAGGAUUGGGGGCUCCAAGAAUUUCUUCCACUGCAACAAAUGCGGUUGCUGUUACUCCGCGCUUCUGAAGAGCAGCCAUCCUUGCGUGGAGAGGGCAAUGCACCAGGACUGUCCCGUUUGCUUCGAGUAUCUAUUUGAGUCGAGAAAUGACGUCAUUGCUCUGCCCUGCGGGCACACCAUUCACAAGGCCUGCUUGGAAGAGAUGCAGGAGCACUAUCAGUACGCUUGCCCCAUCUGCUCGAAGUCCGUGUGUGAUAUGUCGAAAGUGUGGGAGAAGUUUGAUUUAGAGAUUGCUGCCACACCGAUGCCACCAUAUUGUGAAAACAAGAUGGUGUGGAUUCUGUGCAACGACUGCGGGCGCAACUCCGAGGUGAAGUAUCACGUCGUGGCGCAUAAAUGUCCCGACUGCAAGUCGUACAACACGCGCCAGACGAGAGGGCUCGGUAGAUAGGUUAUCUGUAGCUGCGCUGGUGCACUCCCCCUCGACGUGCGAUGAAGGCAAUUGAUGUUGCCGGGAGCAUGCCGAAGGGGGGUGUUCCAGGCACCCGUCUUAAACGACGUCGUUUGUUUUUUCGUUUGUGUUUGUUAAAUACGAGUCAUCUUUUUUUCGAGUUAAUGAAAUGCAGAUGUGCCGAUGUCUUUUUUAUUA